AUGCGUUGGGAGGAAUUCACCUUUCUGUUUUUAUUAAUAUCCGGCACAAAUGCACAAUUUGGUGAGAUUGCUUCAUUAGCCACAUCAUUGCUGGGAGGUGCUCUUGGAAAUGGUGCGGGUAUUGGUGCACUUGCUGGUGCAGGAGCUGCUGGAGCCGGAGCAGCUGGUCAAGCGGGAGGUGCACUUGCUCAGAUCGGACAAUUGUAUCAACUUGCACAAGGAGCCCUCCAACUGACAGGAACUGGAGUGGGAGUACUCAACCAGGCCUCAGAAGGAAAUUGGUUCCCAGCUGUAUUGGAGCAAACUGCCAAGAACUCGCAAGCUCUCAUGAAGCAAGGUGGAGGAAACGGUCUGAACCUCGGAGCCCUUGGUCCAACACCAGGAAAAUCUGGCAGUGGAGGAAUUGGUCCAGAAUUCGGAACUAGCUUCCCAGCACCUAACAUUGAUGACUAUGAUGAGAAUGCCGAGAUCCCUGGUGUUACGGAGAAAAAAUCACCAAAGGCGCCAGAUGGUCUUGUUGAUAUUGAAGAAGAUGAGGACUAUGAGAUUGAAACUACUAAAGCUAUCACUACAACUACUGAAGCGCCAUCGACUACUACGACUACGGAGUUUUUCGUUGUGCCUGAUGAGGAUGAAGAGGAGACAACCACAGAGCCAACUACUCCGCAACCACGUCAAAUCAGAAUUCAAUUGCCAGACAAGGACGGUAAAACUGAGCCUGAAGACGAGUUGGAUUAUGAAGAUUUGAUCAAACAAAAAGUUGAAAAAGUUCACCCAGUUAUUCCAACCAUUGAUGCUGAAAGUACCGAUGAACUGAAACGAAACAUUAUUGCAACCCAUGGUACCAAGACCCAACCAGUGGUUCCAAAACUUGAUAAGCUAGUGGAAGUACUUCAGAAGAGCAAACUUUCUAAGGAAGAAAUCGAUGAAAUUGUUGCUCAGGUGGAAGGGAAUAGACACAUUGAAAAACCUGCCAAGUAUGAUUUCAACGCGGCAGUACAGAACAUCCCAGACAAGAAAAACAAGAUCCGUCAAAAGAUCACCGACGCUUCUCGACUCAUCAACUCAAAUUUUGACAAUCAGAGAAAAGAGCAGAGUAUUGUGUUCCAAAAACAAGUGGACGAAUUCAAAGUGUUACCAGAUCUUACUGAUUCCAGCAUUGCACCCGUACAUCUUACAACAACAACAAUCCCAACAACAACCACCACUACAACUACAACAAUUGCACCCACAACUACUACAAAACCCCCUAUCAAACUACCUGCAUCCACCCCUGCAACCCUCCCAAAUACUCCAAAUACCACCCCAAAACCAGCCCCCACUGCUACAGUAACCCCGAAACAUGUUCAGCAAGCCCGAUCCGUGCCUGCUGUUGCUCCUGCUCCUACCGCUGCUCCACAAGUUGCCCCACAAGUCGCCCCACAAGUUCCCCAACAAGUUAUCCCACAAGUCCAACAGCCACAACCUCAACAGCCAUACAAUAACUUCCUGUACCCCCACAACCCAUUCCAACAUCCUUUCCAUCAGCAACAACAGCAAUUCUACUAUACACAGGCUCCAUUCUAUGGCCAACAAACUCAAAAUUAUUGGGGACAACCACAGCAGCAACAGAAUCAAUAUAAUCAACAGCAACAGUACGGAUUCCAACAUCAACAACCACCACAACAAGUCCAACAGCCCUUCCAACAACAACAUUACGGAUAUUCCACUCCAUACCCAACUCAACAAGGACAAACUCAACCACAACAACCACAACAAUCUCAACAACCAUACUAUCAGCAACAAGCCCAUCAAGUUCAACAAGUCCAACCUACACCACAGCAACCCCAACAACAACUCCACCAGCAACCACAACAAUACUACCAACAGCCCCAAUAUGCUGCCCAACAACAACGCCUACAAACUUCUCAGCCCCCAGCACCAGUUCAACACCAACAGAAACCUCAAGCCCCACUACCAUCUCAACAAGUUGUCUAUAGACAAGGAAAUGCUCAACCAACAGCUGCUCCCCAGAGACCACCUGUGUACCCAGCACCUAACACCAAUCAAGUAGUACAUUAUUACAAUGAUGGAAGACAAAUUGUGCAACAAAUAAUUCCAAAAAGAAUCGCAGCUAAUGGAAACCUCCCAUUAAAUGGACCAUUCCAAUCUCAAGCCGCUGCCCCUGCUCCAACAGAUCCAUCAGAGUAUCAGAGAAGACAGCGAGCUCUUCAACAGGCUUACCAUCAACCACAAACUAGAGCAGUAGAGACUCAAGGACACGCCAGAGUACCACAACCACCACAGCGUGUCCAACCAAGAAUUUAUGAGUCUACUGUCACCGCUACCGGCCAUAGACAGGCACACGCUAUUCGAACCUACCAAGCCACUAAAUCAGCGAGCGUGACACCUCCAAAUCCACAACCAGCUGCUGCUACAAGAAGUUCUGGAAGAGUUAGCUCUUCGAAAAAACGAUACAGUGGACAUGUCCUCCCAGGACCAACCAUUGAUCAUAGAAGUCUACUAGAAAAACGAACAACCGCAAAACCACGUUAUGUCCGUGUGCCAUGA